GCAGACGCGGCAGCAAAAGAGAGAGAGAGAGAGAGAGGGAGUGGGAAGUGUAGUGUGUGUUCGGAGCGAUGGCGGAAGAGAAGAAGAGAACGAUAAAGCUGUUCUGCCCAUCACUGUCGAAGCUAGUGCCGCUGGUGGCUUGGGAAGACCAGAGACUCGACCUGGGGUCCAUAGCUCGGACCUUCGGAAUAGAGCCGGCGACGUUGAAGCUAAACGGCCACUUCAUAAGCAGAGGAAUCGAUCUUAUAUCUUCCUCUGUAACCUGGAAGUCUCUUCUCUCAUUUUUCUCAGCUCGCGGCUUCUCCACCGGCGCCUCCGACUCCGACGCCCUCAUUGUCGACGGCAAGCUCUCUAAGCUCCGCUCCAAAAGAGGAGCUUGUAGUCCGGUUGAUAAUGAAAUUCAAAGUCUUAAGGGCUUCAGUGACAAUAAAAUCGCACAUCCAGAAAGUACCAAAAGGAUUAAGGAUGGCACACCAGGAACAUUUGGUUGUAUAAAUCAGAUUUCUCCUUUGAAUGGCUUAUGUUUGAAACGGAAGUUCGGUUUGGAAGGAAGCAGUCCUGUAAAGAAAACAAGAAUGAAUGAAUCCAAUUUAGAUCUCACGCAGAGAGAUCGUGUUUUCACCACUACACGAGACACACAACUUCCAUGUAGCUUCACGAGCAAUGAGGCGAAACGGAUGAGAGAAGAAGAAAUGGUUGUUGCAUCCCCUUUGAAGAGAUUAAGAAACUGAGGAUCUCAAGAAUGCAUUAGUACACAGCCAUUGAACAUCUUCCACCCUCCAACUGUGAUUUGUAAAUUAGUUUAUAUUGUUAGAAACUAUUGUAUAGUACAACUCUUAUAGCAUAAUGUAUAAAAAAAAAUGUAA